CAGGACUCGGCGACAACCCAGUAUCAGCGUACCUGGGUGCAAUGUCAGUUCGGGGUACCGCGGUCUGAUAAGUGAUAAGGGAGUGAAGUGAUGGUGGCAGGUGGUGGAGUGUAAGUGAUUCGUGAAGUGCAAGUGAUCAUGAUCUGCAGGCUGGUGGUGUCGCUUCUAGUCGCCCUAGUGGCGUGCAACGACCUAGAAAAAACACAGUUUGAAGCUGCUUUCCAAGGGCGAUGUGGCAGAGACAGCCCAUGUGAACAGCUGUGCUACGAACUACACGAUGGUAUGUUCGAGUGUGACUGCAAAGAAGGAUUCAUCCUCAGCAAAAACGGCUACAGCUGCUUAGAGCUGAACACCACGAUGGAGCCGAUGUUACUUCAGCAAGAGGCUGAGGCGGACAUAGGAGAAGACAUCCUCUACCAGAAGGACGCAUCGUUCUCCGCUGAGUUGGACACGGGGUCCAACAAUGAGGAGAAUGUGGAAACCACAACAGGGAGUUCGACGUCCUCGUCAGUGUCUUCUGUUGCCACUUCCACAAUAACAUCCACAACCGUCCAAGCCGUCCAGUUUGUGACGUCAUCGCCCCUGAGUGACGUCACUUCUAGCCCUUGUACACUUGAGUGUGCUGCUGGGGGUCAAUGUACCCUGGAGGCGGGGGUUCACCGUUGUCAAUGUCCUCUGGGUCGAUCGGGGCAGACUUGUGAAUCAGCAGAAGUGGAGGUGAGGUCCCCGCGCUUUUCUGGACAAGGGUGGUUGGCGUUUCCCGCGCUAAGGGCCGCCUACAAACACGUGCAACUGCAAGUAGAGUUCAGACCCGAGAGCUGGGACGGUAUACUGUUCCUCACAGGGGAGAGGGACGACCUGGCUGGGGACUUCAUGGUGCUCUUCCUCUACCAGGGCUUUGUGGAAUUCCGGUUUGACUGUGGAUCGGGUGUGGGUGUGGUGAGGUCGGAAGACAACGUUUUGCUCAACCAAUGGAACAAACUGACGUUAUACAGGCACCGUUGGGACGCAUGGAUACAACUGAAUAACGGAAAGAGGGUCCAGGGCCGAUCAAAGGGCCUGUUCUCCCGCAUCACGUUCAGAGAGCCUGUGUUCAUCGGAGGGCGAGGAAACACGUCGGGGAUUACGGAGAAGCUUCCCACAGAGCGUGGAUUUCGAGGAUGCGUCAGACACCUGGAGAUCAACGAUCUUAUAUACAACUUUGCCCUGGCACCAACCGGUGACGCCGUCAAGGGCUUUGAUAUUGACGAGUGUGUAGCAGACAGAUGCAGCAAAGUCCCUUGUCAGCACGGAGGCAAAUGCCUCACCUCAGGGGACUCUGCAGUGUGUCUCUGUCCUCUUGGCUUUACUGGCGACCUUUGUGAGACAAGGCUUGACUUACAGGUACCCUCCUUCAACGGCUCCUCCUACCUGAGGUACCCGGGUCUCGGGGGUUCCGCUCUCUCCUGGCUUGAUCUCCUGCUAGUCUUCAAGCCCAGUGCUGGGGACGGAGUCAUCCUGUACAACGGCCAUCGCACUGAUGGAGUCGGAGACUUCAUGUCGGUCUAUAUGAGUGAGGGUCAUCUGGAGUUCACCUUUGAUCUGGGAACGGGAGCUGCCACUUUAAGGAGUGAGGAGCCUGUCACGCUAGGGCAGUGGCACGAGCUACGAGUGUCCCGGACUGGGAGGUUGGCAGUCCUCCAAGUAGACAAGAAGCCUCCGACCCAGAUCCUCGCCCCAGGGGCCUUCACACAACUCUCCCUUCCCCUCAACCUCUACAUCGGCGGAGUUCCAAACUUCGACAUGGUAUCCCCCAAGGUGAAAGUCCGUACGUCGUUUGUGGGGUGCAUACAAAAGGUGGUGAUAAACAACCAGCCUCUUCACAUUCUGGCCGAAGCCUUGGCUGGGGUUAACGUCGACAACUGCCCCCACCCCUGCGUGGCGCGGCCUUGCGGGGAGCAUGCGCACUGCGUCCCCCACCACGAGGCGUACAAGUGCCAAUGUGAGCGCCAUUGUCAGGAAGUCAACGCCAUAACGACAUCAUCUACUGCCUCCUUCACAGGAACCACGUUCCUGCACUACACUGAUCCAGAUAUUGUCCACAGAAUCGUCGGGGACAAAGUCAGUAUCACACUGAGGUUCCGAACUGCUGCCAGCUCAGGCGUGCUGUUGUGGAGUGGAGGGGGCGAGCAGACCAAGGGGGCCAAGGGAGGGGGUGACUACUUAGCUCUGGGCCUGAGAGACGGCUUGGUUCACAUGAGGUACAACCUGGGCAGUGGCGAGGCUUAUCUCGUGCUCAACUCUAGUAGAAUGGACGACGGCCAUUGGCAUCAUCUCAAGGCAACAAGAAAUGGCCAGGAGAGCUGGUUAUCCGUUGACAACAGCGAGACUGCAUACAUUCGAUCACCAGGAAAAUUAAAACAGCUGAAUACAUACACGGGCUUAUACGUUGGUGGGGUAGAAGACAUGGAGGUGACAACACACCACAAAUACCACCGGGGGUUGAAAGGCUGCAUAUCAGACCUCGUGUUGGACUCGGACUAUCACGUGAAACUGUCGUGGUCGUCCGACUCUGCGGAUCAUUGCGGAUAAACCCAAGUGCCCGUCUUAGCAGACGACAAUGUACAGUUGGACUGAUAGUUCCACUUAGACAGCUGAUACCCUAGUGGCUGUGCUUGUGGGGGCAGACUACAUUCAGCAGAGCUUGAAGCUUCUGCACCACACGCACGGCGGUGUGUGUGCUUAACAUCAUCUCCUUACCAUUCAUUCGAGAGAUUUCUUCAUUUCUAUUUUGUAAGCUGCCGUUUUACUUGUGAAAAUGACUGAAAACGUCCUAUUGAACGAAUGAAGAUUUUUGUAUACUGAUCGGUUGUGAAGGAUAUUUAGUAGUAAGGCCAGCCUUGACUUUCUUAUUCCGAUUCAAGAGGUUUUGUAACUGUCAGGCUUUAGAACCGAAGUCCACGUAGUGAUCUUAACGAUAUUUUUAUACAAAGUAUAGGUACAGAAUUCUAUCAAUGUCGAUCCAAACGUAUUUAAAUUUAUGUGAAUUAAAUCAUCGUUUAUGCAUUUUAUUACAAAUUUCUUGUUUAUUUACAUUUAAAGUCAAUCAGUGUGAUUUCAAAUUUAUAAUACUGACGAAUUAGAGUUACAUUGUUUCUGUUUUUUAAUCUGAUUUAAAUCAUACUUGUGUAAUCAUCCAUUCAUCCUUUGUUUACUUCAGCUACGCAAUAAUAAUACACGUAAAAUCAAUUAAACUUUGUAAGGCUAACAUUCAAUUACUCGCAAUUGUUUACCUUUCAAUAAAUUGUGCUAUCCACCUUCCACACCACUUCUAGAAAACUAUUGUACAUAAGAUAAGGCAUCACGUUUCCCCUCCUUACCUGAUUCCCAGCUCCUUGAAACAUUUGCCAACCUUCCAUAACUUAUAUUUCUUUAAACGGUUUCCUCAUGAAACUAUACAUAUCUCCCACAAUACGUUACACUGAGCAAUAAAAUGUGCAAAUCAAUUUUCGGAUAAGACCUAUCUUUAGAUGACUCAUAUCACCUACUUUAUUGUGUUUAAGGUGCAAUUAUAAAUCCACAUAAUAAAUUACAAGUUCCUUGAUGUUCCUUCAUUUCAAAUACUCUACUUUUUCUACGUUCCUGGGAAUUUCGUAAGGAAUAUCAUCACCUUUAUACCCUUCCAGGCCGCACAGACAUAUCACCAUCAUGUACAGUGUUCACUUAGCCAUAGUUUUAUAUGUCUUUUGUGUAUAAUAAGCUGAGUUAGAUGUACUGUACAGAAUGUAUAUACACUUGUCGAUGGUCCACCCUGCACACUACCUUACAUCGUCAUUGUUUUUAUUGGUCACUAAUAAAAAACAA